AUGGAGAACUUCUUUGACCUGGACAACCCGGAUGUGGCAUUUGGAGGAAACAAUAUGACUGGUUUCACCAUUGAUACCAUGCUAAAACAGUUAGAGAGUAUGGCAAGAGAACUACCUGCAUUUUGGACCAGAGAGAAUUCUCCUGGUUUCACCAUUAAUGCCCCUCCUAAUGGUCCAGUCAACUCGAAAUCAGACCCUGAUGAGUCUAGAGAGUUAAAAUGGGACUUUACCAAGCUGUUUGUGUCAAAGUCUCAGAUAGCCAAGAUUAGCAUUCUCAAGGACGUCAGAGGUGUCAUCAAGCCUAGUAGGAUGACUCUACUACUUGGUCCUCCAGGAUGUGGAAAAACCACCCUGAUGUUGGCUCUAUCAGGGAAACUAAACCAAUCUCUCAAGGUUACUGGAGAGAUCUCUUAUAAUGGUCACAGACUGGAAGAGUUUGUUCCCCAAAAAACAUCCACUUAUAUAAGCCAACAUGAUCUGCAUAUAGCUGAGAUGACUGUGAGGGAAACACUUGACUUUUCUGCAUGUUGUCAGGGUGUUGGAAGUCGAGCAGAGAUUAUGAUGGAGGUUAGCAGAAGGGAGAAGCAAGCUGGAAUCCUCCCAGACCCAGAUGUUGAUACUUAUAUGAAGCUUCCCAUAGAAAAUCCUGCUGUAGCUUGUCCAGUUCCCUGA